AUGCAGCGACGUGGAACGCCUGAUUCUCGAUCACCGACCAUUGCGCAGACACCUUCCCGUAAUGUUCCAAUUAGAAGCACGGAAAGUCAUCCAAGACCGUCCAUGGAGCAUCUGCUGGACGGCCUGAGGAUGAAGAUGCUUGAAGAUCGCGAGAAGCAAGAUGAGUUAUUCGAUGCUGUGACGAGAAUCUCGAUCGAACUGGGCCGGAUCAAGGAACGCCAAGAUGAUUAUUGGGAUCAAAUUAAACAGGCUUUGGACUGCGAUAGUCGGACCUCAGAGCAGGAGGCGAAUAACAAUAACAAUAGCAAUAGCACCAACAAUGGCGUUGAUGCCAUCAGCGAAGCCGGAGACUCCGUGCUUGGACGUACACGGGAAAGGUCGAAUAUUACAAUAGCCGAAGGCAGAGCGCUGGCUAGCGUCAUAAGUGCUCCUAACGUGGAGAGUCAUUCUAACAGAGAUUCGGUUCAUUACCACGUUGAUAAUAUGAUCGAUGCAAUGAACAGCAUUGAUACCGAUGAUGGCACUGCCCAGGAAGUGGCGUACGAACGACAGCUCAGAAGUGCCUGGUCAUGCGACGGGGCCUUCAGCUUCAUCUAUGCCGCCUGUAGUAGAAGCGACAAGUUCCACGCAAACGCGAGACUUUUCGAUGAGGGCUCCAACCACACCAGCAAACAGAGGGAAGCGUAA